AUGGAGGCCAACCCUGGGUUGAAUGCCAACCCAGGCAGCAUAUACUCUGUUCAUGGGUUUGCUGGGGUGAAGGUAGAGCUUGACAAUUCUAUCACUGUAGGUUUUUGGGUUUUUUUGGUACCGGGGAUCGAACUCAGGACCUUGCACUUGUGAGGCAGGUGCUGGCGCCACUGAUCCAAAUCCCCGGCCCAGUUUUUUUUUGUUUUUUAAAUAGACUAACCUGGUCAUGGAGAGAAUGACGAGGGAGAGUUCACUGGCAGGAGACCAGUCACUGGCUAACAGUCCAGAAACAGGAUGGGGUAUUUUUCAGGAGCUCCUCAACUUCCCAGGGACACAUGAGGCCACUUCCUAAUCUCUGGCUGACACUGUCCAUCCAUCUCUCCCCACAGGCUGGGGUACUCCUACAUCCUUACCAGUAGACAAAGUCCUCUGGGAACCAUGAAGAGCUUUCUCCACUGCCGGCUGUUCAGAUUCAUCUGGGUCACCCAGCCAUCCGUCUGGUCCUUUCACAGAGACGCCCGGCUUUGGGCAGCUAUGACUCCUGCUGACUUUGAAGCCAUAAAUCGCUGUGACAGGCUGCUGCCUAAGAACUUUAACUUUGCUGGGGAUGUGCUGGACCAGUGGUCCCAAAAGGAGAAGACAGGGGAGAGGCCAGCCAACCCAGCCCUGUGGUGGGUGAAUGGCAAAGGGGAUGAAGUGAAAUGGAGCUUCAGAGAACUGAGCUCUUUGUCCCGAAAGGCUGCCAAUGUGUUCACCAAGUCCUGCGGCUUACAGAGAGGAGAUCGAGUGGUCGUGAUUCUACCCCGAAUCCCUGAAUGGUGGCUCAUCAACGUGGCUUGCAUGCGAACAGGGCUUGUCUUCAUUCCGGGAACAACCCAGCUGACGACCAAAGACAUCCUCUACCGGCUGCAAGCGUCCAAUGCCAAGUGCAUUGUGGUCAGUGAGGAGGUGGCCCUGGCGGUGGAGUCCAUCGUAUCCGAGUGUCCCAACCUGAAGAUCAAAGUCCUGGUAUCUCCACACAGCUGGAACGGUUGGCUCAGCUUCCAGGAGUUAUUUCAAUCUGCCUCUGAAGAGCACAGCUGUGUGGAGACAGGAAGUCAAGAACCGAUGGCUAUUUAUUUCACCAGUGGGACCACAGGCUUCCCUAAGAUGGCUCUGCACUCUCAGAGCAGCCUUGGCAUUGGGUAUGCCCUCUGUGGAAGGUAUUGGCUGGACUUGAAGCCCUCAGAUAUCAUCUGGAAUAUGUCUGACACAGGCUGGGUCAAGACUGCCAUUGGCAGUGUGUUUUCUUCCUGGCUUUGGGGUGCCUGUGUUUUUGUGCAUCGGAUGGCCCAGUUUGACACUGACACCUUCCUCGAUACGCUUACCACCUAUCCCAUCACCACCCUAUGCAGUGCACCCACCGUGUACCGGCUGCUUGUGCAGAAAGACCUUAAGAGAUAUAAAUUCAAGAAGCUGAGGCACUGCUUGACUGGAGGGGAGCCACUCAACCCAGAGGUGCUGGAACAGUGGAAGGCGCAGACAGGGCUGGAGCUGUAUGAGGGCUACGGACAGACAGAAGUGGGAGUAAUUUGUGCCAACCAGAAAGGACAAGAAAUUAAACCUGGCUCUAUGGGGAAAGGAAUGUUACCCUAUGAUGUCCAGGUUAUAGAUGAAAAAGGGGAUAUCCUACCACCCGGCAAAGAAGGGGAUAUUGCUGUCAGACUAAAGUCUACCUGGCCUUUUUGUUUCUUCUCCCAAUAUGUGGACAAUCCAGAGAAAACUGCUGCUGUGAUAAGAGGAAACUUUUAUGUCACUGGGGACAGAGGCCUAAUGGACAGUGAUGGGUAUUUCUGGUUUGUCGGCAGAGCUGAUGAUGUCAUUAUAUCCUCCGGGUACCGUAUUGGGCCCUUUGAAGUGGAGAGCGCACUCAUUGAGCACCCAGCAGUUGUUGAAUCAGCUGUUGUCAGUAGUCCAGAUCCAAUCCGAGGAGAGGUGGUAAAAGCUUUUGUUGUCUUGUCUGCACCCUACAAAUCAUGGAACCCUGAGAAAUUAACUCUUGAGCUUCAGGAUCAUGUGAAAAAAUCAACUGCCCCUUACAAAUACCCAAGAAAGGUGGAAUUUGUUCAAGAACUCCCAAAGACAAUCACUGGGAAAAUUAAGCGCAACCUUUUAAGAGAUCAAGAAUGGGGACGAAUAAAGCUUCAAAACUGAGAAAUUAAAUCGCAAUAUGGUUGCUUUCUUUUAGCACUUGCUUCCUGACAAUUCAAUGACUACUUUCUUAAAAUGUUAAAGAUUUUUUUCGGGUUGAAAAUUUGAGUUUGUUUUCCACUUAGCCAAAAAUUUAAAAAUAAAGCCUAAACAUACUUGAG